GGCGCUCAGUAAUGAUAUAUAUGAAAAUACUUCAUAGCUUUCUCCAACGACAGUGUGAUAUCGAUAGCGAUUUGCAGCCAGUCCACCGACCUACACAAUCGUAGGAGUCGAGAAAGGAAAGCCAAGUGUAUAAUUUGAGUGCUCCAACUAAAUUAUCUUCACAGGUAAUUCUGUAAGAAAGAUCAGCAAAAACAAAUUGAUGAUGCCGAUUAUUAUACACUUAAUAAAAUACUAAAUUGCUUAUAUACUGUCGCUAGAGCAACCUAUCGGUAUUUAAUUAUCGACCAACCACCACAGUCGCAAUAGUCGAAAAAGAAGCGUGCAAGCAAACGGUGUGUUUUUUCUGCUCCAACUUUUGUUUUCAAGUGAAGUUCAUUAAAACAGCAAAAGAUACGAAAUGGAUGAUGGAGAUUAUGAUAACGACGAUGUUGGCGCCGACGAUUUCGAUGAUGCUGAUGACGACGUCGACGAUGACAUCGCCCAGGAGGAGGAAGUGGACAACAUUGAAAUCAUAACACCCGGCACCGCUGGUGGCGGCGGCGUGCCCAAAUCCAAGCGCAUCACUACCAAGUACAUGACGAAAUAUGAGCGUGCGCGCGUCUUGGGAACAAGAGCGCUACAAAUUGCCAUGUGUGCGCCAAUUAUGGUUGAAUUGGAUGGUGAAACGGAUCCUCUACAGAUUGCAAUGAAGGAAUUGAAGCAGAAGAAGAUACCUAUUAUUAUACGACGCUAUCUGCCCGAUCAUUCAUACGAAGACUGGAGCAUAGACGAGCUGAUCAUGGUGGAUAAUUAAGUCAGAUUUAGGAAACAGAAAUAGCUAUUAGACAUUUAAUUACUUCUUUUGCAAAUACAAUUAAGAUAAGCUCGCAAAACCACAAAA